AUAAUUAAUUUUUUCUCUAUCUUAUGUUUAUCAACUAUUUCGCUAUUACAUAUCUAUCACAUUUCUAAUUCUAAUCAUGUACCUAGUUGAACUUUUUGAUCUCGUGAAAAAAUGAAUGGACUUAUUAACCCAUGAUUGAAUGUAAAUAUAUAAGACGCUGAUCUCACAACUAUCAAGAACACCUUUACACUGCGCUUUUUGGAGAACAAAGAUAUUAAGAUGCCUGAAUCGGGAUAUCAAGUUCUUAGUUCCGAAAGAGAAGAAGAAGUUCAUUUCCAGUUCACUCCUAAUGUUAGAAAUCGUUGGAAUCAUAUAGAAGAUUUAGAUACUUUUUUUACAAGGAUCUACCUUUAUCACCAAAGACAUGGAUUUAUUUGUCUGAUUCUUCAAUCAGCACUAGAUCUUUUGCAAGUGAUAUUCUUAUUGGUGUUUUCGUUAUUUUUGUUUUACUGCAUUGACUAUCCAGUACUUUUCAGAAAUAAACCAGUAGAUACAGGCAAAAUUGUCAAUGGUACUGAUAAGGUACGUUUAUCUGAUGUUUUCCUGCCAGCCUCAAAAUGUACAAGCAAAUUUACAAUUUUAACUUAUUUAUAUAUGCUACCAUUAUUAAUGUUCGCUAUUUUUCGACUUAUGAAAGUAUUCAAUGUUGCUUACCAUUAUGCUGAUAUCAAAGCAUUUUAUAAUAUUGCUCUGCAUAUACCUGAUAAAGAGUUAGAAAAUUAUACUUGGCGAGAAAUAAUACAAAAAGUAAUAGAAGCUCAAAAAGAACAGAACAUGUGUAUUCAUAAAUUAGAUCUUACUGAACUUGACAUUUAUCAACGUAUUUUAAGAACAAAAAACUACUUAAUAGCCCUUGUGAAUAAAUCUGUACUUCCUACUCAUUUUAACAUACCAUUUUUUGGUGAUGUAAUAUAUUUUUCUCAUGGAAUGAAGUACAAUUUAAAUCUGUUGCUUUUUUGGGGACCAUGGUCACCAUUCGAAAAUAAUUGGCAUCUUAAACCAGAAUAUAAACAACCUGGAAAACGUUUAGAGUUGGCACAAUCAAUUAGUAAAACUAUUAGCUGGGUUGCUUUGAUUAAUUUAUUGCUUUCUCCAGUCAUUUUUACUUGGCAAUUAAUUUAUAAGUUGUGUGAUAAUGCCCAAAUGGUUAAAAAUGAACCAAGUGUUCUUAGUAUUCGUAUGUGGUCCUUGUAUUCAAAAAUAUAUUUGCGUCAUUUCAAUGAACUUGACCAUGAACUUAGUGCUCGACUUAGUCAUGCUUAUGAGCCUGCUGCUAAAUAUUUGCAAAGUUUUGCAGCACCUGUUAGUCUUAUAAUUGCAAAGAACACAAUGUUUUUUACUAGUGCUAUAAUGGUACCAAUUCUUGCUUUGACUGUUUAUGAUGAUAGUAUUUUAUCUAUUGAACAUAUGAUUACUAUAUUGAGUGGAUUAUCACUAUUGUUUUUAAUUUGUCGGAGUUUUGUUGAUGACGAAAAAGAAAUAGUUUGUCAAGAAUCAUUAAUGACAGAUGUAUUAGCUCAAGUGCAUUAUCUUCCAGAUUCAUGGGUUGGAAAAGCACAUACUCAACAUGUUAGAAAUCAGUUUUCUCAAAUAUUUCUUUUUAAAGCUAAUUAUUUAAUAAAUGAAUUAAUCUCACCACUAGUCACUCCAUUUAUUUUGUUCUUUUGGCUUCGUCCUAGAGCCUUAGAAAUUGUUGAUUUUUAUCGAAAUUACACUGCUGAAGUAGCAGGAGUGGGUGAUGUUUGUGCUUUUUCUAUGAUGAAUUUACGUAAAAAUGGUAAUCCAGCUUGGCGUUCCCCUGUAUCUCGAUCAUUCGAUCAACCUACUGCUAAAUUACCUCAAGUUGAUCAAGCUGAAGAUGGAAAACUAGAAAUGUCUUUACUCAGUUUUUCUGUACGUAAUCCUACUUGGGAUCCUGUUGAUAUUGAAGCUAAAGAAUUUGUAAAAGAGAUAAUUGCUAAGACUCGACAAACAUAUGCAUCUACCAGUGAAUUUUCGAUAAACCCGAAUCUGAAUCAUGAUGUAAUUGGUAGUUCAUUAUAUAUUGCUGAAAUACCUUCUUGUUUAAUUGGGCUUGAUCAGAGCACACGUUUACUGCAUAAAGAAGGAUUGACUGGUCGCCCGAACCGAAUUAAUGGCAGUUCUAUAAUGAAUUCAUCAAUAUUUAAUAAAUCUAGUUAUUUAACUUCAAUGGAAGUAAAUCAAAGUGCAUUGCUUUUACAUAGUAUACACAGAAAACAACUUGAAGAACGAGGCAAUAAAGUAAGCACUUCAGUUAGCCUAUCUGUCCAUAAAGCUAACUCCAAUGUACAGGAACGUACACCAUUGUUGAAACCAGGUGCAUGAGUUAUCUGAAUGUCAUGAUUUGUAUGUUGACAAGUCUAAACAUUUCUGUGAUAUUAAUUAAGGUGUAGUAGUAUUUUUCUCAAUAUUUCUGAAAUUAUUUUAAAUCAUUUAUGUGACUAUGUUUUUAAUGAUAUAAAUA